GCUUUUUACUUACAUAUUUCAUGGACUAUUUUUAUUAUUAUGGAGUAUUCGUAAAUGAAAAUUUUAAUAAAUUCCAAAAAAAUCUGGUGCCGAUCAGAAACAAUUACUCUAGAUUCUAGAGUCUAGAAUCAUACAUUAAAAAAAACAAAAAUUCUUGCGUUCAUUCCAACAAAAAUAAACAAAUGAAAAUCGACUAAUCUCAAAAAUCCAUAGAAAAAACAAAAGCGCAUCGCGACAACGAAAUGACGAACGACGACAAAGGGUCGGAGGCGAAGGAGUCAAGAGGCUCGUGGCCGAGGAGGUCGGAAGACGUCAAGAUUGAGUUCGGAUUCGGGGUCCCGUUGGGGGCUAUGGGGGCACAUCCGGCUUUUCAUUCAGCUUGGGACAUUGGAUGCCCGUCCUCCAGCUUCCACCACAUGGCCCGCAUGAUGGACCGCAUGAUGCACGAGAGCCUCCAGCCCUUCGGCUUCGCCCGCAUGAGCACCAGACGCGACAAGGAGCCUCCUAGAGAUGGUCUCAGGACCGAGAGGAGUGACACACGGAGACAGCGGGCUGGACAGCCUGAUACACACGCCGCUACUGGGACGAGGCAUCCGCCGACACAAGUGGUAAGACCAACGAACGUCACCACAUUCCAAGAGCAACCCAUGGAUCAGACCAAACAGGUAGACCCGACCACAGAGAGAUGGGCCGGCACAUUACGCCGAAGAGACCCAGACCUUCAACCAACACUACCGUCUAUAGUUACUACUAGAAAAACAUCCACAGCUUCAUCUGUAAGCAGCGGGCGGAAGACACGAUCCGUUGAAAGAAUGCCGAAGACCUCAAGAGUAAGGCAACUGGUACCCAUCAAGCCUAUGGUCCGAAAGCACGAUGUACCAAAUGAAGGGGGGGAUGUAACGAUUCUAGAGAAGGAUGAGAAAGUUUUCGACGCGACGGGGUAUGAGCUUCAUCUUGUAGAAACCUUGGAAAGGGAUAUACUUCAGAAGAAUCCUGACGUGCGUUGGAGAGAUGUCAUUGGUUUGGAUGAUGCGAAAUCUGUUCUGCAGGAGGCAAUGGUGUUGCCGCUUGUGAUGCCCGAUUACUUUAAGGGUAUUAGGCGACCAUGGAAAGGAGUGUUGCUGACUGGACCACCGGGUACAGGCAAAACGCUGCUCGCAAGGGCGGUGGCCACCGAAUGCCGAACAACCUUCUUCAAUGUAUCGUCUGCAACGCUCACUUCAAAAUAUCGCGGAGAUUCGGAAAAGCUGGUCCGACUACUGUUUGACAUGGCAGCUUUCCACGCCCCAAGCACGAUAUUCCUCGACGAAGUGGACUCGCUGUGCGCGGUGCGGGGCGCCGAUUCGGAACAUGAGGCCUCGCGUCGGUUCAAAGCUGAACUGUUGAUACAGAUGGACGGACUCGCUGCUGCCUUCCACCGAGAUAAGAUCAUCAUGGUUCUCGCAGCCACGAACCAUCCCUGGGACAUCGACGAAGCUUUCCGCAGAAGGUUCGAGAAGAGGAUCUACAUUGGAUUACCCGAUGAGUGCACACGUGUGAAACUGCUAAAGCUGAACUUACGGGAAGUGGCGCUGGAUCCUAACGUGGACCUCGUGGAACUAGCUACCAAGCUGGAGGGCUACAGCGGAUCCGACAUCUGCAACCUCUGCAGAGACGCGGCCAUGAUGACAAUGCGCCGCAAGAUCGCUGGCAAGUCCCCCGACCAGAUCCGCCACCUCAAACGCUCUGAACUCGAAGCCCCCGUCUCCAAAGAAGACCUAGUAACUGCCACUGAGAAAACACGCCGUACGGUCUCUCAGGCCGACGUGGCGAGGUACACUGGAUGGAUGCAACGCCAUGGAUGCUCCUAGCAUAGGGCCGGCGCACUACAUGCGCUGCUCAUGAAACUCAGGACUUAGGCACCAUCUGUCUCUGUCUAGUUAGGUUUUAGAGCCACCCCACACUAGCGUCUCCCGAGCUGCGUCUAAUCAACUCUAUGAUAGCUGCUCGACGCAACAUUGGCGCAACUGCGUAGCGACGCCAUUUUGGUGAUGGGGGUGGCCCUUAGACUCCAAUGUUUAUACAGUUCCAAUGUUUAUACAGUUGGUUUUAGAAUAUUUACAAAAUGAAAUAUGAUGCAACUAACGUUGUAGAAAAGUCAAAUUUAUAUAAACUAUUCAUACCUAACUAAUAGCAGUCUUGUAAGAAAAUAUUAGUAAAGUUUUUUACAUUAUUGAAAUAAAAUAUGUUUGUAAAAUUGAUAAGUGUUUUGUUGAUAAUUAGAUUUUUUACACGGUAAGCGUUAGAAUUAACAUGUUCGAUAAUGGACGCAUAAUUAUGUUGUCUUGUUCUAUGGAAAAAUCAUAGAUCUUUAAAAUAUAUUAGCUACGGGCAGAAUCUGACUUAGGUUAUAAUAUAUAAAAUACAUACGCAGAUGGUGCCUAGGCUAGACUGAGUGUAAAUGUUCAAUUAGGAAAUAAGUUAGGAGUUAGUGAGCUAAAUUUGGAGGCAGACCAAUAGUAAGCGUGAUUUGAAGGCAGCAAUUGCAUAGAAAUCGUCAAAUAUACUGUCACAUCCUACAGAAGCUGUACCUACCUACUGCGGGAAAAUAUAAAUAUAUUUAUUCGCCAUCGCAUGCGCAAGGAAAUAUAAGAUGCGCAAAUAGUGCAUAAUUAUGUAAACGAGUCAUGACUUCUAACCGAGAUGAUGCUGAAUGGCACCAUACCGUAUGGCCAUACCAAGGCGUAGGUACGUUUAUUGAAAAAGUUUAAGUUUAACACUUAACUACGGUUAAGUUACAAAAUUAAGCGCCACUUG